AGUGACACCUAAUACAGUUUGGGAGCCUGACAAUCAGCUGUUUGUUUACCUUUUAAUUAACAAAAAAUAUAUUAAAUGCGCUGCGCUGUAAGAAAUUGCGGAAACAACAAUCGCAAUUGCAAUAGAACGAAAUGGCGAUACUUUCACUUUCCCAAAGAAGAGCCAAACCUUCAAAGGUGGAUUGAUUUUUGCCAGCGCGAUAAUAUCAACCCCGCCACAGCCUGCAUUUGCAAUGAGCACUUUGCACCCGAUGCCUUUGAGCGAAAUAUGCAGUACGAACUGGGCUUUAGCCGCAAAAAUCCAACCAAACUGAAGCCCGGCUCCUUUCCGAGUGUAAAUGGACCCCAAAAGUUGGCGAAGGAGCUGCGUGGAAGGAUCAAAAAGGGCUCCACCAAAGUUUCCUUAGCUGGUUCCACAAAAAGUGGCGAUAUGGAGUCUAAAUUACUCGUGGAAGAAACGCAAUCGUCGGAAGGGCACGAAACCAUAGAAAUCCAACUCUGUGAUUUUACUGCAGAUUUCGGGGGCUUUGAAGAAGGUUCCUCCAGUUUUUACGAUAAGGUCGCAAAACCAAUCAGUGAAUCUGAAAGGCUUGCCAACUCCCAAUCAUCUGAAGAUGCCGACUGUCUUUCAAAUCCCAGGCACUGGGAAGUAGAAAUUUUGGAUCCCCUCAACCCGCCGUCAAAUGCCAGGGAUCAUGUGGAGAUCAUUGAUUCGGAAGGGGACAACUAUGUGAAGCACUUGGAGCUCGAAGUAUGCUCCCUGAAACGUGAGAUAUUCUUCCUCAAAGACGAACGUCAAAAGCUAAAGGAUGAAAUUCGUGAUCUCAAGGACACAAUUCAAAAAUCAGAAGUCCAAGAAAUCGCAGAAAAACAACUGCAAAUAUUUGUAAAAAGCAGCCAGAGGUCUCCGCAGGUUUAGAAAAUGCUUUUUAGAUAUCUGCAACGAAAACAUAAUCUUUACCGACUGACUGACUAGCUUUUUAAAUCUGAGUGAAAAAAUUAAACGUAAUUAAAUGUAGAUAUAGUGUAUAAUAAUAAAUAUUACAUGUGCUUAAUACAUUCUGAAUCUGAAUCCAACAGAGAUAAGUAAAUAAAAUGAAAAUGUAUAAUAUAAGCUAC